AUGACUGCAAUGGGCAUGUCGGGCGACACAAUAUGUCCGAGUGGCAUGUUCAGGUGCCCCGAGGGUAAAUGCAUCCCCGCGCUCUGGGUUUGCAACUACCAGCGCGACUGCGAGAAGGGCGAGGACGAGUUCCAGUCGUGUCCCCCGCCAGAAUGCGAAGCCGGACAGCUAACAUGCGGCCAGUAUGUGUGGAACAAAACGUAUUGUAUACCGCCCCACUACCGGUGCGAUAUGCAGGUGGACUGCGUCGAUGGCACCGACGAGGCUGACUGCACAUACCGAAAAUGCCAAGCGGAUGAUUUCCAAUGUGGAUUGGAAGGUGUUGGACCAGGAAAGAUGUCUUUACAAGGACCCUGCAUACCCAAGGAAAAGAAGUGUGAUGGAUAUUUGGACUGCAGAACAGGGCGAGACGAGCAGGAUUGUUCGGGACAGACUCUCGCUUGCAGACUGGAUCAGUUCCGCUGUGCGAACGGGAACAAGUGCGUGGACGCAACCGUCAAGUGUGACCAUAAAGACGACUGUGGGGAUAAUUCUGAUGAAGCACAUUGUAGUUUCCCUCCCUGCCACAUAGGACAGUUUCGUUGCGGUAACGCACUAUGUAUACCAGCCUCGUACCACUGCGAUGGCUACCAGGAUUGUUCUGAUGGAACCGAUGAAGCCAACUGCACUGCUAUAGCCUGCCCUGACAACAAAUACCUCUGUCCUAAAGGAGGCCCGGGAGGAAAGCACAAGUGUAUAUCGAGGUCUCAACUAUGUGAUGGGAAGAAGGAUUGUGAAGAUAACGCUGACGAGGAAACUGCUUGCUCUACCGCAUCAUGCCCGGCUUUGGAAUGCGAGUACAAGUGCGUGGCGUCGCCAGCCGGCGGUAUCUGCGCGUGCGCAGCGGGCCUAAUGCUCGCGUCCGAUAACAAAACUUGUAUCGACCGGGAUGAGUGUAAGGAGUGGGGCUUCUGUCACCAGCUGUGUGUUAACACUCCGGGAUCGUACGUGUGCUCGUGCGCGCCGGGCUACUCGCUGGUGGAGGGCGCGCGCUGCGCGGCGGGGGCGGCGGGCCCGGCGCUGCUGCUGGCGCACGCGGGCGCGGUGCUGCGCAUGGACCUGCACGGCCGCGCGCCCGUGCUCCUCGCCAACGCCACGGCCGCCGCCGGCCUCGACUUCCACUACCGCCGGAAUCUGCUUUUCUGGUCCGAUUUGAAAACUAGGAAGAUUCACUCCCAACAAUUAAGUCUACCGGCGGGUCUGACCAGCUACGCGGGCACCGACAUCACGGUGACCGGCUCGUGGGCUCCCGUCGCUUUGGCCGUGGACUGGGUCGGUGACAAGCUUUACGUAGCCGAUGCUAUCGGACAGAAGAUUGACGUGUUUGAGCUCGACGGAAGGUGGCACGCGGUCGUUCUAGGAUCUAAUCUAACGAAUCCAUCUGAUCUGGCGCUGGAUCCUACGUUGGGGUUGAUGUUUGUUGCUGAUAGUAGUCAGAUCAUAAGAGCUAACAUGGAUGGCACACAUACGAAGUCAAUCGUCUCAGAAGCAGCAUACAAAGCAUCAGGUAUCGCAGUGGACAUCAUCUCUCGGAGAGUGUUCUGGUGUGACUCUCUCCUGGACUACAUCGAGACUGUCGAUUAUGAAGGCAACAAUCGAUUCCUCGUUCUAAGAGGACAGCAAGUCCCCAGCCCAUCCAGGCUAGCAUUAUUUGAGGAUAGAGUGUACUGGUCCGACAGUACAAAGCAAGGUGUCAGUUCCGUCAACAAAUACGAAGGACCUUCCAGCAUCCAAGCUAUAUACAAGAUGAAAGAUAUUAGAGAGCCAAAGGCUAUAACUGUGAUACAUUCUCUGAAGCAGACCUCGGUCAACAACCCUUGCGGCAUCAACAACGGCGGGUGUUCCCAGAUGUGUAUAGUGACAGCACUCCAAAACGGCGGCCUGGGAUAUCGCUGUGCUUGUAAUAUUGGCUACCGAUUAGAAACUGAUUUGAGAAACUGCGAUCUAGUCAAAGAGUUCCUUAUGUACUCCCAACAGAGAUUUAUUAAAGGAAAAGUUUUAAAUCCCGUUAUUGAAGGAUUUAGUGAAGCCAUUUUGCCUAUAGUGUCACGACGUGCUCGGUUCGUCGGCUUGGAUUUCGAUGCCCGGGAUGAGCACAUUUACUACUCCGAUGUUUUACAAGAUGUCAUUUAUCGAGUCCACAGAAAUGGAACCACCAAAGAAAUUGUACUCGCAUCUCAAAAUGAAGGUGUCGAAGGAUUAGCCGUAGACUGGGCUUCAAAGAAUCUGUACUACAUAGACUCCAGGAAAGGAACUCUGAACGUUUUAUCGACUAGAAAUAUUGCUCACAAAAGAACGUUAUUGAAAGACCUGAAAAGACCGAGAGCGAUUGUGGUACAUCCAAACAAAGGGUUUAUUUUCUUCUCGGAAUGGGAUAGACCAGCCAACAUCAGCCGAGCGUACACUGACGGAACGAAUCUUUUGGUCUUUGAAAAUGUAACCCUCGGUUGGCCUAAUGGCUUAUCGAUAGAUUUUGAGUCUGAUAGACUUUACUGGUGCGAUGCUUUGUUGGAUCAUGUUCAACAUUCUAAAUUGGAUGGUACAGAUGUCAAAACGGUCAGCUCAAGAUUAAUUAGGCAUCCAUUCUCUAUUGUUAUUCACAAGGAAUUCAUGUACAUCACUGACUGGCGAUUAGACGCCAUAGUUCGCUUGCAUAAACUCACUGGAGAACAGGAAGACAUUAUGGUCCGGGAACCUCAAACGAACAGAUUAUAUGGCGUCAAGGUGUACAGUGAAGACAUUCAAAGGAUAGAUCCUAUGCAGCCAUGCUCGAGAGACAAUGGAAUCUGUCAGAAACUUUGCUUUGCUGUUCCGAGGAAUAACACAGAAUUAUUAACAGUCAAAUGUGGAUGUCCGUAUGGAGAGAAGCUGGCGCCUGAUGGUACGAGUUGUAUCGCUGAUCCUAACUCUGAGCCUCCAGUUCAAGCUUGCCCCCACUCUUGGGACUUCACGUGUAACAACCAGAGAUGUAUACCAAAGAGUUGGGUGUGUGAUGGUGAUGAUGACUGUCUGGAUAACAGUGAUGAAGAACAGAACUGCACUAAAACAACCUGUAGCGCGUCAGAAUUCAUGUGCAAAUCGGGACGUUGUAUACCUGCGACUUUCAAGUGCGACUCCGAGAACGACUGCGGCGACUUCUCCGACGAGACGGGCUGCGUCAACGUCACAUGCAGCUCCUCGCAGUUCCAGUGCGACAACGGGCGAUGCGUGCCCAACACCUGGAAGUGCGACUCGGAGAACGACUGCGGGGACGGCUCCGACGAGGGAGCUCUCUGCGCUGAAAAGACUUGCGCCUACUUUCAAUUCACUUGUCCCCGCACUGGACACUGUAUUCCUGCAUCGUGGGUAUGUGACGGAGACGAUGACUGCUUCGAUAAGCAGGACGAGGCGGACUGCCCGCCCGUGUCCUGUCUCGCGAGUCAGUUCAAGUGCGCAGAUCUCAAGCAGUGUGUACAGGAGGCGUACAAGUGCGACGGCAUCCCGGACUGCAACGACGGCAGCGACGAGGCGGGCUGCCCGUCGCUGGCGCCGCACCAGUGCCAGCCCGACAAGCAGUUCCAGUGCAAGUCGUCGGGCAUCUGCAUCCCGCACACGUGGUACUGCGACGGCACGCCGGACUGCGAGGACCUGUCGGACGAGCCGGCCAGCUGCGGCGCGGCCGCGUGCGCCGCCAACUACUUCCGCUGCGCCAGCGGCCGCUGCGUGUUCAAGGCCUACGUGUGCGACGGCCGGGACGACUGCGGCGACGGCUCCGACGAGGGCCUGCAGCACGCCUGCGCGCCGCCGCCCUUCAGAUGUCCGCACGACCAAUGGCAGUGUCCAGGAAUUACUGGCAAAUGUGUUAACCUCACCCAAGUUUGUGACAACAACCUUGAUUGUCCCAACGGUGCUGACGAAGGCGCUGGCUGCGAUCUAGCUGAAUGCGGUCAUCAAAGUGGCCUCUGUUCCAAUGAUUGUAAGCAGACCCCAACCGGAGCUCUGUGCCUCUGUCCACCAGGCGAAGAAUUAGACACCGACGGUCAAAACUGCAAGGAUAUCGAUGAAUGUAACCCCCCUGGACUUUGCUCACAGACCUGCACCAACACUAAAGGCUCCUACGUAUGUUCGUGCGUUGACGGCUACUUGCUGACCAUUAACAACCACACUUGCAAGGCCAAUAAUCAUUCGAGCGCCUUCCUAAUAAUUUCUAACAGACACUCAAUCUUAGUCGCAGAUUUGAAUGAACAGGGACUUGAAAGGGUUCCCAUUAAUGUGGAGAAUGUCGUUGCAACUGCGUCCAACAUGCAUACAGGAACAAUAUUCUGGUCUGACAUGAAGUUGAAGAAAAUCUCGCGAUUAGAUCGUGGUAGUGAACCGCAAGUUAUAAUUUCAACUGGAUUGGACUUGGUUGAAGGUUUAGCAUACGACUGGGUUGGUGGCAAUAUCUACUGGCUGGACAGUAAACUGAACACGAUCGAAGUCGCCAAGGAAGAUGGUUCAGCUAGAACAGCUUUGUUGAGUGGAAAUAUUACCCAACCUAGAGGAAUGUGCUUGGAUCCCGCACCUAACGCAAGAUGGCUGUUCUGGACUGACUGGGGCGAAAACCCUAGAAUAGAAAGAGUAGGCAUGGAUGGUACUCAACGAUCAGCUAUUAUCACUACCAAGAUCUACUGGCCUAAUGGUUUAACUUUAGAUCCCGCGACCCAGAGAGUUUAUUUCGCGGACUCUAAAUUAGAUUUCAUAGAUUUUUGCUACUACAAUGGUACUGGCAGACAGCAAGUAUUGGCAGGCAGCCACUAUCUCCUGCAUCCACAUUCACUAACAUUGUUUGAAGAUACAUUGUACUGGACUGAUCGUCAGCUAAACAGAGUGUUAUCAGCUCAUAAAUUCAAGGGGACCAACCAGACGGUAGUAUCUCACUUGAUCUCUCAGCCGUUAUCAAUCCAUGUUCACCAUCCAUCGCUGCAGCAUCAGUACACAUCUCCAUGCAAGAAAGACACGUGCCAACAUCUCUGUCUACUGAGUCCGAACAGAACUGUAGGAUACACUUGCAUAUGCAAACCUGGUUACAAGUUGUUGCCUGAUGGGAAAUGUGUGGAAGAGGAGUCAGCGUACCUUAUGGUGCUGAAGGGAAGUCAGAUCAUUGAUUUAUCAAUGGAUGGCUCUGGCAGGGCAGGACAACUUGCUCCAAUUGUUGGCAUUCAAGGUGGAGUACAACUCGACUACGAUCGCCAAGGCCACAUGCUGUACUGGCUCCAAUCCAUAUCAGGUGAUAGCGAAGAUGACGAGAACUGUACAAUCUAUAACAUGCCUUAUAAUGGCGGCAAUAAGGCUGAAUUCUUCGGACAAGACACUGGCAUUGUCGGUGCACCAUCUGCUAUUGCGUUUGACUGGCUCGGAAGAAACUUAUACAUGGCUAAUAGAGUGGCUAGUAAUAUUGAGUUGGUGCGAGUAGAUGGAAAAGUUAAGUAUCGGUCUAUUGUGAUGGCGAAUGACGGAAGCAAGUUGUCAGUUGCAAAGCCGAAGGGAAUAUGUCUGGACCCAACCGAAGGCAAAAUGUACUGGUCCGACGAAGGUGGUUUCGGCGUACCAGCAAAGAUCGGCAAAGCCAACAUGGACGGCAGCAAUCCUAUCAUCCUAGUAGAUUCUAUCGAAAGACCAGAAGCUGUUGCUAUAGAUGUGGAAAAGAAAAUUGUUUACUUUAGUACACAGUUCCCAGCCAGCAUCAACAGCGUUAAAACUGAUGGAAAUAACAGAAUGAAUAUAUUGUCAGAAGCAAAUGCCAUUUCAUACCCUAAAGUAAUUGCGGUAAUGGACUCUAGACUGUACGCAUUGGAUCCAUUACAUGAAAAGAUUAUCAAAGCAGAUCUACCAAACGGUGAUAAUAUCAAGACAGUUCUAGACAAUGAGAGCGAUUUGAAAUCCUUCACAAUAUUCCAAAAGAGGAAGAUGAUUCACCACCCAUGCUUCCAGAACAAUGGGGCUUGCGAACACAUCUGUAUUCCUGGUGACAGCGGUUCACGCACUUGCGCUUGCUCUAUUGGUUACAAGAAAGAGAAUGAAAUCGACUGUGUCCCAUACAAAACAUUCGCUGUAGUCUCACAACUAGACCUUAUUCGUGGCUACAGUAUAGAUUCAAGUGCCGAAGCAAUGGUGCCUGUAUCUGGAGUAGGACACCAUAUCUUACAUGUUGAUGUACACUUUGCUGAAAACUAUAUAUAUUGGGUGGAAUUCAACCGUGGACAAUGGAAUGGUAUCUUCCGUAUCAGACCAAACGGCACCGAGUUACAACAUAUUGUCAAAGAUGGUAUCGGCAGCAAUGGCAUUAGGGGAUUGGCCAUUGAUUGGGUGGCAGGCAACUUGUACUUCACCAAUGUUUUCCCCCACGAGAAUUACGUAGAAAUGUGUUGGCUGGAUGGUUCGAACAGAAAGGUUUUGGUCAAGACAACAAUGGACGCCCCAAGAGAGUUAGCAGUAAAUCCUCUGAAGAGGUUACUUUAUUGGAUCGACUAUGGUCAAUAUCCUCGAAUCGGGAAGGCUUAUCUUGAUGGUAGCAAUUGGCAUACAGUAGUAAGCUCCGGAAUAUCUAACCCAAGAGACUUGACUAUCGAUAUGAUGACUCAUGAUGUUUACUGGGUAGACUCGAAACUCGACCAGAUCCAAAAGAUUUCUUACAAUGGUGGCAAUAGACAAUUGAUUCGUUCGAAUUUGCCGAACCCUAUGGGGAUCGCUAUCCAUACUAGUAGCGUGUACUGGGUCGACAGAAACCUGCAGACCAUUUACAAAGCAUCGAAAUUACCAGGCAACAUGUCGAUGCCCGAGAAAGUGCGCACUAAUCUACCUAAACUUAGAGACAUUGUUAUAUUUGAUGUAAACAAUCAACCUAUGGAUGAAAAUAAUCCUUGCAGAAGAUUCGGAAACGGUGGAUGUGAUCAACUGUGCUUCAGUUUCCCGCCAGAUGCAGCCAAGGUGCCCGAAGGCUUUAGGUGUGACUGUGCUACUGGUCAAAUUUCUAAGACCAACAAUAAAAAAUGUGAAGUGGUUGAUGAAUACUUGGUAUUUACUACCAGAACUGAGAUUCGCGCUAUCAACCUGGACCCUAAGUCUACCGGUGUGCCUUUUAAACCAGUUGUCAAUCUAACUAAUGUAGUAGGUGUAGAAUUUGACUAUUCUGACAACAAAUUGUUCUUUACCCAGAUCAGACCCUGGGCCAGAAUCGGCUGGAUGCCCGCAAAUAAUCCUGAUCGCACCAGUAUUCAAAAUAUUAUUAGCAAAGGUAUAAAUCCCGAGGGAAUUUCAUACGAUUGGACUCAGAAGAAAAUAUAUUGGACUGACAGUUCAAACAAUUCAAUUUAUGCGAUGAAUCUUGACGGAUCCGAGCUUGUAAUGAUUGCCAGAGUAGAACGUCCAAGAGCUAUUGUAGUAGAUCCUUGCAAUGGUACUUUAUACUACACUGAUUGGGGACGAUUUGGAACUUCUGGCAAGAUCUACAGAACAACCAUGGCUGGAUCAUUAAAGAAAGCAAUCAUUGACAAGGAUUUGUCGCAACCCAGUGGUCUAACAAUAGACUUUGAUGAAAACAUGCUGUAUUGGACUGACGCUGUCCGUGAGAAAAUCGAACGUUCCAAUUUAGAUGGCUCAAAUAGAGAAGUCCUUAUCAGUGCCACAAUCUAUCCAUUUGCUAUAACCGUUUUCCGUAAUUACAUCUACUGGACUGAUCUUCAAUUGCGAGGAGUUUACCGCGCUGAGAAACACACUGGUGCCAAUAUGGUUGAAAUGGUCAAACGUCUAGAAGACUCACCUCGUGAUAUUCACAUAUACAGCACAAGUAGACAGAAGUGCUCGGUGAACCCGUGCAAAAUCAGCAAUGGUGGAUGUGCCCAUAGCUGUCACCCGGCACCUAAUAACACGGUUGAAUGUAAAUGUGACGACAGCACAAAAUUAGUGAAUGAGGGACGAAUGUGUGUGGCAAAGAACGUUACAUGCGAUCAAAGUAAGUUCUUCUGUGCUAACGGCAAAUGUAUUAGCAAGAUGUGGUCUUGCGAUGGGGAUGACGACUGUGGCGAUAAUUCAGACGAAGAUAAGAAUUACUGCACUUAUCAUUCGUGUUCUCCUAAUGAGUUCCGAUGCAACAAUGGCAGAUGUAUCUUCCAAUCCUGGAAGUGUGACCACGAAAAUGAUUGCAAAGAUGGAUCGGAUGAAGAGGGCUGCGUAUACCCACCUUGCGCCAAAGGAGAAUUCACUUGUCUUAAUUCCCGAUGCAUACCAAUGUCUCAAGUUUGUAAUGGAAUCAACGAUUGCAAGGACAAUAUAACUUCCGAUGAAACUCAUGAACUGUGUCCUAUGAAUACAACUUGUCCAACUAACCACCUGAAGUGUGAGAAGACGAACAUUUGUGUAGAACCUUACUGGCUUUGUGAUGGUGACAAUGAUUGUGGUGAUAAUUCUGACGAGGAUCCUCUACAUUGCGCGCAGAGAACUUGUCCUCAAAACAGCUUCCGGUGUCCCAAUCAUCGGUGCAUACCAGCCACGUGGUAUUGUGAUGGAGAUGACGAUUGUGGUGAUGGAGCUGAUGAGCCGCCAGAAUAUUGUCGCUCAGAAGGCAGAACAUGCUUUGGAGAUCUCUUCACUUGUGAUAACGGUAACUGUAUUCCUAGAAUUUACAUCUGCGAUGGUGAUAAUGACUGCCUAGAUAACAGUGAUGAAGAUGAUCGUCACCAAUGUAACGAACGUAAAUGUGACGCCGAAACGGAAUACACCUGUGAAGAGAAUAAAUUCUGGCAGCGGGCUCAAUGUAUACCAAAGAAAUGGAUUUGUGAUGGUGAUCCUGACUGUAUUGAUGGUGCUGAUGAAAAUGCUACUAUUCACCACUGUGCUACGCCUACACCCUGCUCAGACGAUCAAUUCCAGUGUAAUAACGGCCGCUGUAUCAAUGAAGGAUGGGUGUGUGAUCACGAUAAUGAUUGUGGUGAUGGCUCUGACGAAGGGAAGCGCUGUAACACACAAUACAAGCAAUGUAAUGAUCAAGAAUUCAAGUGUCAAAACUUCAAAUGUAUCAGAAAUCACUUCCGAUGUGACGGAGAAGACGAUUGUGGUGACCAUUCCGAUGAAGUUGGCUGUGUGAAACAGAACAAGACAUGUCCUGCAGGGCAAUUCAAGUGUAAUAACGACCAAUGUAUUGAUAACAGACUGGUGUGCAAUAAAGUUUCGGACUGUACUGAUGAUUCUGACGAGCCUGCACACUGCAACGUUGAUGAAUGCCUCAAGCUGGAGAACAAUCAAUGUGGUCACAAGUGUAUUGACACUCUAACAGGUUAUUAUUGUGACUGCAACCAAGGUUACAAGUUACUCGCUGAUGGAAAAGCCUGUGCAGAUAUAGACGAGUGUAUAGAAACGCCAGGAGUAUGUUCUCAAUACUGUUCAAACACGCCUGGAUCUUAUUAUUGUAAAUGCAAUGAACAAUAUUAUGAAAGAGAGGCAGAUGAGCACACUUGCAAGCGAAAAGACAAUAUCUCAGCAUGGAUCAUAUUUACUAACAAAUAUUAUGUAAGAAAUAUCUCCACAGAUGCAACACUAUACAACUUGAUGCAUCAAGAUUUAAUGAAUGUUGUUGCCAUUGAUUUUGAUUUCAAGGAACAGAGGAUGUACUUUGCUGAUGUCUCAGCUAAAACAAUCUACAGGUCAAACUAUACUGAUCCUAACCCGACCAAAGAAGUUGUGAUAAGACACGAUUCUCAUGGCCUUGAAGGUAUCGCUGUCGAUUGGAUUGGAAGGAAACUUUACUGGCUCGACAGGCAUUCUAAGAACUUAGAUGUGUCUGAAUUAGAUGGAACUAGACGAAAGACCUUAAAGACUGGAGUUACAGACCCCAGAGCUAUUGUUGUUCAUCCGGGAACUGGAUACUUAUACUUCUCAUCUUGGCAUUUACAAGCUUACAUUGGUAAAAUGGGUAUGGAUGGAUCCAACUUCACUUCAAUUUUGAACUGGGAGGAUGACAUCGCUUGGCCAAAUGCCUUGACUAUAGAUUACUUUACAGAUAGGAUUUACUGGGCUGAUGCUCAUUUGGACUACAUCGGCUCGGCUGAUUUGGAAGGUAGACAUAGGCAUGUCGUUCUCUCCGGUUCCAAAGUACCUCACGUAUUCGCUCUUAGUUUAUUUGAUGAUGAAAUAUACUGGACUGACUGGAAUCUAAAAGCAAUCAGCAAAGCCAAUAAGCACUCCGGUGAAAACCUAAAAAUUUUAAGAAACACUACUCACAGGCCCUAUGACAUUCAUGUUGUGCAUCCGUUGAGACAAUUAUCGUACCCUAAUCCUUGCGGCAAAAAUAAUGGAGGAUGUUCUCAUCUUUGUUUGAUUGCUCCCCCUCAUGCAUCAAGCUACCUUAACAUCGAAGGGUACGGCGAAGAAGGAGCUACUACUUAUAAAUGUGCUUGUCCAAAUCAAUAUUAUCUCGCAAGAGAUAUGAAGACUUGUAUCGCUAACUGCACUGACGGCCAGCACAGAUGCAAUGGUCGCGAUGAGAAGUGCAUACCUUGGUUCUGGAAGUGCGAUGGAGAGAAAGACUGCAUGGAUGGAUCGGACGAACCUGACACGUGUCCUGUACGUCACUGUAGAGCUGGUUCGUUCCAAUGUAAAAACACUAACUGCACUCCAGCUGCAACAAUCUGCGACGGUACAGAUGACUGUGGUGACGGAUCUGACGAAGCUCAAUGUGCCCAUGAAUGCCCAUUGCUCGAAUUCAAAUGUAAAUCCAGCGGUAGAUGCAUUCUAGACAGCUGGAAGUGCGAUGGAGAUACGGACUGCAAAGACAACAGCGAUGAAGAUCCAGCUAUGUGUCACAACAGACCUUGUAAUCCAGACACCGAGUUUGCAUGCAAGAAUGGCCGUUGUAUUCCUAAGUUAUGGAUGUGUGAUUUCGACAAUGAUUGUGGUGAUGAUUCAGAUGAACCAGCAUACAUGUGUCGUCAAAAGAAUUGUACAACGGGAUGGAGAAGGUGUCCCGGUCAGGCUAAUUACAGAUGUAUACCUAAAUGGUUAUUCUGCGAUGGUAAAGACGACUGUAGGGAUGGAUCUGAUGAAAUGCCAGAAAACUGCCCCUCUUGUAACGCUGAGACUGAUUUCACCUGCGAAAACAAACGUUGCAUUCCCAAACAAUGGCUUUGUGAUUUCACCGAUGAUUGCGGCGAUGGUAGCGAUGAAGCAGAGGCUGUCUGCCAGCAUAAGUAUAGAGAAUGUUCGGAGUCUGAAUUCAAGUGUGGUAACGGAAAAUGUAUCUCAUCAAGAUGGCGGUGCGAUCACGAAGACGAUUGUGGUGAUAACACAGAUGAGGCUGAUUGCGGUGGAUUUAAGUGCAAGAAUGGAACAUUCCAGUGUAAAUCGGGUCACUGUAUAGCAGCUUACUUCCGGUGCGACGGAGACAGAGAUUGCAGGGACUUAUCUGACGAAAUCGGAUGUCCUCCAAGAUUCCCUAACGGCAGAUAUUGUCCUGAGAGCAGGUUCCAGUGCGCGAACAACCUAUGCGUGUCUCAAUCUGAUCUUUGUGAUGCGACGGAUGACUGCGGAGAUGGGUCGGACGAGGCUGCAUCCAUCUGUACUAACUUUAAUUGCGACACUCUCAGGCGAUUCCAAUGUGAUAACCAUAAGUGUGUGCCGAGAUACUGGGUAUGUGACGGAGUUGACAACUGCGGUGAUGGAUCAGAUGAGAAUAACAUGACGUUGUGCGCUGCUCGAAUCAAACCUUGCGAUCCUUACACGCAGUUCCAAUGUGCCAAUAGACAUUGUGUAGAACGGACUCAACUAUGCGACUUUGCUGAUGAUUGUGGAGAUGCCUCUGAUGAACUGGGAUGUCAUCACACACAUACUUGCAGCCACAUGGAUAAAGGUGGUUGCGAACACUUCUGCACCAACUUAACCUUGGCUGGUAGUCUCUCAUCUGGCUCCGGAGGAUACAUCUGCACGUGCUUCCAAGGCUGGAUCAUUUCGUCCGCAGACAAGAAAAAGUGCGUAGACGUAGACGAGUGUGCUGCGGGCACCCACCACUGCUCACAGGUCUGUCGCAACCUUAACGGUAGCUACAGCUGUGACUGCAGGGAAGGAUUCAAACUCGCAGAUAAUCUAUCAGGUGUAUGUAAAGCUGUUGAAGAUGACGUAGUGCUACUUUUCGCGAACGGGCCUGAGAUUCACGCUUUCGCCCAGGAGAAGAACGAAGAAUUCGAGGUUAUUACGGCAGAAAAGAGAAUAGAAGCAAUCGAUUACGAUCCCAAGCAGGAGAUGAUCUUCUGGGCAGACAGUUACGACAAGACCAUAAAACGGUCGUACAUGAUUAACGCUCUCAACGGACAAGUCAAAAUGGGAUUCGCUCAGGAUCUAAAUAUGAAAGGCAAUUCUAAACCCACAGCUCUCGCCGUCGAUUACGUCGGCGAUAACUUAUACUGGACUGAGACUGACAGAACAGGCUCUAAACCGAGAGGAAGAGUCAUGGUAGCCAGAACAGACGGAAGGUAUCGUAGAGCCAUCGUAUCGGCCGGUAUCGAAAGUCCUACCUCCCUUGUCCUCGACCCACAAAUGGGAAGAAUGUUCUGGGCGGACGCCGGCUCCGCUCCUAAGAUCGAAAUAGCCUGGAUGGAUGGAUCAAAACGACGCCCUAUCGUCACCGAAAAUAUUAGACAUCCAACUGGAUUGGCCAUAGAUCACGCUAUGGGCCACUCCAUAUACUGGGCUGAUACGAAAUUGAACACAAUAGAAAUGAUGAGGCACGACGGGUCCAACAGAAAAGUGAUUCUGAAGGGUGAUCUGUUAAAACAUCCACUGUCUCUGGACGUUUUCGAGUCUUCGUUAUACUGGGUGACCAGGGACACCGGUGAGCUCGUAAGACAGGACAAAUUCGGAAGAGGAGUGCCAUUCGUCAUAUCGAAGGAUCUAGUCAACCCGUCGGCCGUGAAAGUAUACCACCCGCUGCGUUACAACGUGUCUAUGCGCUCGGCGUGCUCGCGCGCGCCGUGCACGCACCUGUGCCUGGGAGUACCGGCCGGGCGCCGCUGCUUGUGCCCCGACCAGCAGGCGCCGCCUAAGCGCAUCACGCAGGAACUCACCUGCGACGCAGCGGCGGAGGCUCCGCGGCCACUGCCGCGUGUGUGCCCGUGCGAGAACGGCGGCACGUGCGUGGAGGACGAGGCGGGCGGCGUGCGCUGCUCGUGCCGCGCGCCGCUGUCGCCGCCGCUGUGCGCGACGGCCGCGGCCGCCACGCACGCGCGCUCGGCCACGGCCGCCGCCGUGCUCGUGCCCGUGCUGCUGCUGCUCGUGCUGGCGCUUGCCGGCGCCGCCGCCUGGUUCGUCAUCAGGAAGCGACCGUUCGGCAAAGGCGGUGGCCUCAGCAGCCUCGCAUCAUCACAGAGCGUGUCGUUCAGACAAGGCUCGAACGUGGAGUUCGGCGGAGUGGCCGGCCCGGGGGCUGAGCCCGCCUACACGCUGGAGGAAACUCCUCGCAAAGGACGGGACUUUAGCAACCCCAUGUAUGAUGCCGUUACUAGAGCUCAGGCAGCAGGGGAACCUGAGCCGCCCCUACCGGGUAUUUACGAAGUACCGGACGAGCUGAAGGACAAAGUGGUGUCGGCGGUGAUCUCGGUGUCGAUGUCGGAGGCGCGCGGCGCGGCCCCGGGCGCCCCCCGCGCGCUGGAGCCGGCGGCCGACACCGGCACCGACACGGCGCAGCUCGUGCGCGAGGACCGCCACUGA